CAAAUGAUAGACGUGAAGUCCCCACGGUACCAGUUUUCUAUGCGGCUAUUGAGAAGUCCAGCUCCCCUUAUGAGUACCAGCGUCCAUACACCAACCCCAGCACUCUCACCCCACCCACCGCCGCCAUCCAGUACAACCAAAUCAACGUGACCAGUUCACCCUAUAUGUACCAUCACCCUGAACGCCACCCCAGCUCCCUUUCUCCUCCAAAACAUCAAAUCAACUAUGCCCCUCAGCUGUACCAACACAUCUAUUACCCGAGUGACCUGUACAUGAAGGACUCUUAAGGUAUCAAGAAGAGCACUACCAAGCCACUCAGAAUUUAGGUGAUUGUUAACUGAUGAUGAGUGUAGAAGCCAAUAUAUAUAUAUAUAAAACAU